GGAGUGAGGCUUGGGUGUGGGUUUUAGGGAGCAACCCCCUUCUCACAGCAGGACCAAAGCUGGCUGGGUCAGCAGGCGUGGGAGUGAGGUAGGGGCGUUCCUUUGUGACCUCAGCCCGCGUCACAGAGCCUGUCCUCAUAACCCCACACCGCAGACCCUCCCUUCCCUUCCCUGCGAGACCUCGGCGAGCUCUCGGAUCCAGGGGACGCGAGAAGUCUCUCCUGUACCCCAGAGACGCAGAGGACAAAGGGAGGUGGUGGGAGAGUGCAGGAGCGCUUGGGUGAAGCACAGGCGAGGACAUCGGAGAGGGGGUGUUUCCCAGUAGGAGACAUCCAAAUCCUUCCCCCGGCAGCCUCGCGUGCUGACCCAAAGCAAGAAGAUGACGGACCUGAAAGAGCUGAUCACCAACAUCGAGCUCUGCAGCAGGACUGACGGCUACAGCACAAUCACGUUUCCCACCCUCAAGAAGCUGUCCGUCAGCGAUGUCGUUACUAUUUGGAGCAGUGUGUCUAAGCAUGUUCAGCAAUGGCUCCUGCAGAGAAAGCCUCGGGCUGUCAGAGUGCCAGGACUGGGGACGUUCCUGAUUAAAAAAUGGCUCUCUUUUGAAAAUGAAGACGUGCUCACGUUUCAGAGACCUCUCUUUGUGCUGUCCAGGACUGUUGCACAGAUCCGUGAGCUGCAACAUGCUUCUGUACCUGUUCCUGACGACAUGAAGAAAGUGUCAGUGAGCUGGAAGAACAUCCACUCGGACGUCCCCUAUUCUGAGGAAGUCGUGCAGAACUGUAUGCAGGAGACCCUGAACUACUUCUACUUCAUCCUAAGAAACAGAAAAGACACCGACUUCAUUUUAAAGGACCUUGGCACUCUUGCUAUCCGGGGAACAGUAGUGACAAUGGCCUUCUGCAAAGACUUUUUACUAAGGCUCAACAAGUCGACAUAUGUGGUCGAGAAGUUGCUCACUAAGAAACUGGUCAUAUCGGACAAAGAAGUCACUCUGUCUCCGAGCCAUUUUGGCCAUGUCUACCAGUUACCACAGUUUGAGACUAGGGCAGUGCCUCGAAGAAUGUAUCUCACGGACGAAGAGAUAUGUAUAGAAUUGGAGCGCGCUUUGAGCAGCAUGGGAAUAAGAGCGGCUGUUCAUCACACAUUACGCCUUCUGCGAAGGGGCGUUUCUCCAAAUCGCUUAGCCAGAGCUCAGAUGGAGGAAGCAGCGGAGGAGAAAGCGGAGAGAAGAGGGUCCCCUGGCAGAUCGUUGCCCCAGCGUGCAAGCGCAGAAGGAAGGCAGGCCAAAACCACUCCGUUCGAGAGCCCUGAAUUGCCAUUGCCUACUUCUGAAGAACAGCGGCAGACAGGACAGCAAAGAGAGUCUGUAUUUGGGAUGAACGGUAGAAGAAAACUGGAGGCAUCCCUGCCCAAAAGGAAGGAGACAGAAGAGAAUGGAAAAUCAGGAAGUGUCAGCUUGCCAGAAUUGCCACAACCGCAAGCCGGGACAGAAAGCGACAAGAUGCCGAGGGCCCAGCUGUCCCAGGAGGAGGAAGAUAGCCUCAGGCCCACAGAGAUCACCUCUGGUAUAGAAGAGGGUCUACAAACGGCGGAGGCUUGGAUUCAGGGCAGGAGGCAGUUGCGAACCGAGCUGGAAAGCUUCGGGGACAUUGAAAAAUGGCUGAGACAAAAACCUUCCCAAAAUGAUCAAGAAAAAAGAUAUUGGGAAAGACCAAAGGCACACAGAGCAGACAGGAGGGCUGUUGUCCAGUCGGCCGUGACCGACAGCCUGGACAGCAAAGACAGCCCGAUAGAACGGAAAGAAAAGUGCCGGAUGGUGAGAUCUGGGGAUGGCCCUGUUGAUGAGCACUGCCUGCCGUCAACUGUAGAGACUGACUUGGGAGAACUGGUUGACCGCUAUCGCAGGAAUGCCCUCACGAGCUAUCUGGAGAGCUCCAGGCGGUGCAAAGAGCGUAAUGUUCACAUCACCAAGCCAACGCUGCAGAAAGGCAUCUUCAGAAUAAGAAGAUGCAGAAGUCAAACGACAAUAACUUCUGGCCAGGUCAUCUCUUGGACAAGCUAUGCCUUUACUUUCCUGAAAAGCAGCAUGACAGGGCACACGCCUUGUUCAGCUGCGUUCAGCCAACCAAGCCUGCCUACCGUGGCACCUAAAGCCCAGACUGCAGCUAGCUCCUCAGCGAGCCAGGACACUUGGCCUCCGGAGACACUGCCUUCAAGGAGACCAGCUCCACCUGAAGCUCUUCUCCAAGCAGCAGGAGAUGUGCACACAGCUUUGUGGUCCCUCAGUCAGCUCAGGGGAUCUGGAUAACAUAAACGUGUUAAAUAAAGAGCACAUACUCAAGCCGAAGGUGUGUGGGAGGAAUCGUGGUUUGUGAGAGGUUUCCCUCCUGGGGCAGCCCUUGAAACACCAUCCCGUUCCCAAGGAAAUGUUUCUUGCUUGCUUUUUGAACGGGAAGGCUUCGCCGUGCCAAGGGCAAGCAAACUAUGGCGUAGCUGCCAGGGACAUCCAUCCACAAAUCCAUGGGCCCUGAUGGGAUGCACCCGCAAGUGCUCAGGGAGCUGGCAGAUGUUAUUGCUAUGCCACUCUCCAUCAUCUUUGAAAGGUCAUGGAGAACAGGAGAGGUGCCUGAGGACUGGAGGAAAGCCAAUGUCACUCGGGUCUUCAGAAAGAGCAAGAAGGAGGACCCGGGAAACUACAGGCCAGUCAGCCUCACCUCCAUCCCUGGAAAGGUGACGGAACAGCUCAUUCUGGGGCUCAUCGGUAAGCAUGUGGAGGAGGAGAAGGUGGUUAUCGGGAGCGGUCAACAUGGAUUCAACCGGGGAAGAUCAUGCCUGACCAAUCUGAUAGCCGCCUAUGAUGGCAUGACUGGCUGGGUGGAUGAGGGGAGAGCAGUGGACGUUGUCUACCUUGACGUCAGGAAGGCUUUUGACACGGUCUCCCAUAACAUCCUCAUAAGCAAGCUUAGGGCGUGUGGGUUGGAUGAGUGGACAGUGAGGUGGGUUGACAAGCGGCUGAACGGCAGAGCUCAGAGGGUUGUGAUAAGCCGCGCAGAGUCUAGUUGGAGGCCAGUAGCUAGCGGUGUGCCCCAAGGGUCAGCGCUUGGUCUGGUCUUA